GGCAGUUAUGGGGUAUAUGGGGGUAAUUCUGACCCUGACCCCACAGCAAUGGAGGCUGAGACCCCAAAGUGUCGACGUGUCGGGAUCCUGGGCUACGGCCGCCUGGGUCGGUUCCUGGCCUCGCAGCUGCUGUCUGUGGGUCCGCCCCAUGGGGUGACGUUGGCCUUUGUGUGGACGCGCAGGGGGGGCCCCAUGGACGGGAUCCCCCCCGAGCUGCACCUAAAGGACCUGGAGGGGCUGCAGCACACGGGGGUGGACCUGGUGGUGGAGGUGGCUCAUCCAUGUGUGACCCAGGAACACGGCGAGGAAAUCCUACAACACGCCGACCUCAUGCUGGGCUCCCCCACGGUGCUGGCCGACCCCGAUACGGAGCAGCGGCUGCGUGGGGCGGCCCUACGGGGGGGGCACACGCUCUACGUCCCCCAUGGGGCGCUAUGGGGCUGCGACGACAUCCAGCGCAUGGACCACAACGGCACCUUGGCUGCUCUGAAGGUGACGAUGACGAAGGCUCCUGAGAGCUUCCGCCUGCAGGGCUGGCUGCAGGAGCGCCUGGUGGCCGCGGUGGCAUCCGGUGGCCGCGUUGUCCUCUACGAGGGUCCCCUACGUCCCCUCUGUCCCCUGGCGCCCAACAACGUCAACACGAUGGCGGCCGCCGCGGUGGCAGCUCCCAGCCUUGGAUUCGAUGGAGUCCAGGCCUGCUUGGUGGCCGACCCCAGUGUCCCCGACUGCCAUGUUGUGGAUAUCGAGGUGCUGGGCCGCGGUUCGUGUGGCCGAGCUCUUCGUGUCACCAGCAGCCGCAGGAACCCGGCAACAACCGGAGCCGUCACCGGAGACGCCACCAAAUGGAGCUUCUGGAGCAGCAUGUUGGCAUGUCGUGGGCAUGGAGGCUGUGUCCAGCUCUGCUAAGACCCCAUAGACAACCCCAAAUGGCCCCAUAUAAAGGAAUGGGGAUGGAAGACCCCAUAGACGACCCCAAUAUCCCCCCAUAUAAAGGAAUGGGGAUGGAAGACCCCAUAGAAGACCCCAUAUAAAGGAAUGGGGAUGGAAGACCCCAUAGACGACCCCAUAUAAAGGAAUGGGGAUGGAAGACCCCAUAGAUGACCCCAAAUACCUCCCCCCCCCCCAAUAAUGGGGACAAUAAAGGGGAUAAUAAAGGAGAUUUGCCCUA